AUGCACUACCAGCGGUUGCGGCUGGAACGGGUCGGUCUGAUUAGAGUGAUCUGGACGGUGUACGACGGAUGGUGCGUGCGCCUGGUUGAUGUAAAGACCCGAAUGAGAGAGUCGGAGCGAUGGGACUGGUUCUGUAUCGUCAUCUUCGACGAGCGUCGAGCUGGCGUACAGUUCCUGUGCUUCAUCGUAUGGGAGCUCGGCGGACGACGCUGCUGUAGGAGAAGCAGAGGGGAACGAGAACGGGAUUUGGCGAUGGGGUCGAUUUGA